AUGCCCAGUUUUCAGCCAACCGGAGAGCCAGCACCUGGAGCGGGCGGGAUUUACACAGAAGUCCACUGCAACCAAGCAGCAGGCAAAGAAUUCCGGAAUCCCGAUUGUCCAAUCAGUUCAGCGGAUUCGCCCCAGAGGCUGAUGGGGGAGCUGGAGACUGCGCAGUUGCCAGUGUCGGCCCAGACCUUUUCCUUCCCUUUCCAGCAGCCGGAGACGUGCGGCCACAACCAGUACUUCGAUAUCUCGUCGCUGUCCUGUGUCCAGUGCGGAGCCCACCAGAAGCCGGAUGCCCACGGAACUUCAUGUGUGUGUCUACCAGGAUUUCAGAUGAUCUCUAAUAAUGGAGGAUCUACCAUUAUUUGUAAACAGUGCCCAGAAAACAUGAAAGGAGUCACUGAAGAUGGCUGGAACUGUAUUUCUUGCCCUAGUGGCUUAACUGCAGAAGGAAGGUGCCACUGUCCCAUUGGCCAUAUUUUAGUGGAAAGAAAUGUUAAUGGAACAUUGUUAUCUCAAGCAACUUGUAAUCUUUGUAAUGAAAGUGGGAACUCUUUUACGAAAUCAGAUACUUUAGGAAACAGGUGUGUCCGAUGUGAACCAACAUUCAUCAAUAUCAGCAGGUCCUGUAAUGUUCAGAACCUAACAUUCUA